AACUGUACAAAUAUACCUAUGGACAAAACAUUGUAACUUUUCACGAUAUUUUAAGCAACUUUGUUUCAAUAAACAAGCAUCAAGUAUUCAUCGAUUUUUUCAGAGAUGAUAUAAAAUUACGAAAAGAAGAGAAAAUAUAAAAUAAUUUAUAGAAAUAAUAUCACAAAAACGAAAGACCGUUGCCAACAUUGAAUCAGUCACAAUCAUGAAGCACAUAACACGUGAUCUUUACAUCUGUGUUGAUAGCAAUGUAUAUUGAGUGUAGUAAGUUACAAGUGAAUAAAAGUAGUGAAAUCUCGAAAUAUUACGUAUUUUGCAUACCUGAUAUAAAUAUUUAAGGACACAAUAAAAAUAUUUGGCAUGGCACCAGAAAAUAUUAACCGAAACGUGUUAAAGUUGAUAGACAACAUUCACUAUGGAGAAAUCAAGGGUACCUAUAACAUCGUAGUGGCCACUAUUUCCGUUCUCAAGAAAAUUAUUAAUACCGAAUGGAGCACAGCAAAAAAUUUAAUGGAUAUUGUGAGGCGGAAUGGAAAGUACUUGAUUGAAGCGCUUCCUCUUGAAGCUUGCAUUGGGAACAUGGUUAGAAGGAUAUUACAGAUUAUUAGGGAAGAAUAUACCUCGGAAUUAAAGAAUAAGACAGAAGAAACAGAUCCUCAGGAAUCUUUGCAUAAAAUACUCACUGCUGAGGAUGACCAACAGAUAGAUUUCAAUGUCUCAGUGCCUUUCCUCAAAUCCGCCCUCAUUGAGCAUAUUAAUGAAUUUGAAACCGAGCUGGAAACAUGUUCGCAAAACAUUGUCGGACAAGCUUCAGAACACAUACAUUCGAACGAGAUUAUAAUGACCAUUGGAAAAUCAAAAUUGGUAGAAGAAUUUUUCAAAAAUGCUGCAACUACCAGAGCCUUCGAAGUUAUAGUAGCUGAGGGCGGGCCUUUUCUCAGUGGUCACGAAAUGGCGAUAAAUUUGGCUAAGGCAAAGAUCAAGACUACACUGAUAUCGGACGUGGCGAUCUUCGCGAUGAUGUCGCGAGUCAACAAAGUCAUAAUCGGUACUCACACCGUCAUGGCAGACGGCGGACUCAGAGCAAUAUCGGGAGCGCACACGGUCGCACAAGCUGCCAAGCAUUAUUCUGUUCCGGUGAUGGUUCUGUUGCCCCUUUACAAGCUCUCUCCUGUUUAUCACUGCUCAUAUAAGCAAGAUGGCUUCAACCGACAUGUUUCGCCAAUGCAAGGUGUAAUCGACAGUGCCAACGCGUCAUUGCUGGAGAAAAUACAUGCACAUAAUCCCGUAUUCGAUUAUGUUCCACCAGAUCUCGUCACGUUAUUUAUUUCGAACACGGGUGGAAAUGCACCAUCUUAUGUAUACAGAUUGCUUAGUGAAUUGUACCAUUCGGAUGAUUGUGAAUUAUAAAAUUUUUGUUACGCAUAAAA